AUGGUGUCCUUCUCUUGCGAGGCUUGUGGUGAUGUCCUCACGAAGAAAAAGCUCGAUCCUCAUCGCGGCCAAUGUCGCGGCGCCUCCUUCACCUGUAUCGAUUGCAUGGUGCAUUUCUACGGAAUGGAGUAUAGAGCUCAUACGUCAUGCAUGAGUGAGGCGCAAAAAUACCAGGGUGCUCUAUAUAAAGAGAAGCCCCAGAAGAACAAGAAAGGACAAAACAACCAAAAGCAGAAUGCGAAUCAAAACCCCAACGGCCGCUACCAGCAAGCUCUGGAGAAUGCUCCCCCUCCCCCUGCUCCUACACCCCCGCCUCCCGGUGAGGUGAGAACUCCUGCUCCUGCCCCGGCCAACAACGACAAGCCUGUCAAUGUGUUUGACUACCUCGUCGCUGAGGAGAGCCCGAACGCAUCCAAGGCCUCUGUUGCUGAGCCCAAGCAACAGAUGCAGAUGCACCCCAAUGCCAAAUCGGUCUUCGAGCCCAGCCAGUCCCUCACUCGUGUCGAAACCAACCCCAACACCGAUGACGAGGGUAAGAAUUACGACAUCGCCUACGAGGAGAAUGGCUUCUCAUAUGGCGCCGGCAAUAUCCCGCACUCAGCCUCGCCCCCGAACGCGUCAACAACCGAGUUCGUCACACCCGCACCCAAGAAGAAGGAGCGUCGGGAGAAAGCCCCCGGCACUGUCAGCGAGAAGAAGCGCAAGCGCGGCCAAGCAGAGGUUCUCAGCACCCCGGGCGGAGAUGUUGACACUUCAAUGAUGGAGGCCCCCUCUAGCAUAAUCAACAACGCCGGCACACCCAUGCUGAACCACUCCGGUCUGACAGGCGGCCUGAACCGGAUGAUGCGUUCGCAGUCUCCCGACGGCGACGACAGCCCAGAAACCAGCCGUCGCGCCUACCAAGACACCUCAUCCCCGAUCAAGCGCAGCCGCCGCAACGGCAAAGAAUCCAACGGCAACAGCGACGCAGGUCUCGGUAUUUCAAUGAAGAACCGCGCCGGCCGCCUCGUCUCCUCCAUGUUCGGUGGCUCAGCCGUCUCCGGUUCUAGCACAGACCCUAGCGCUAAGGCCCGCCGCGGCAGCUCCUCCAGCGGCGACGGCCAACUCGAAGUGCGCAAGAGCAAGAAGUCGCACCGCUCGCGCGCAGACGAUCAGGAUGAAUCUCGCAAGUCUAAGCGCAAGAGCUCAAACCCCACAGAUGGCGAUAGACCUUCUCGUCGUCUUAAGCAAAUUGAUGAGCGCCACGGAUCCGUCGACUCCUCCUCCCACGGCCACCAUCAGGUUGCUGUCUACAAGCAGUCACGGCCGCCGGCACGCACGGGUGAUGAUCUGCAGCGCGAGCUGGCCUAUCACUUCCUCUCGCUGGUCCCGAAGGAUAGCGAGCGUGGAAGUUCGGUCAACAAGGCACUUAAGCGCUUCCACCGUGAGCUCUCGACUGAGUAUGAUGCUGGUCAUGAUAAUGGACAGCGCAGAGCUGAUGAUGAGAAGGAUCUUUUCCGUGCUUUGAGACUGAGACGGAAUGAUCGUGGCGAGAUUGUUGUGUUCAUUUAG